UACGGACAGGAUAAAAGGACAGAAAUUGGGGCGCUAUUACGCGGCCUGGGUAGCUUUAUAACAUUGUGCGUUUGGUAGUUGUUACUAGAGAGCGGAUUACGAUGUCAGGCCGAGGAAAGCAGGGCGGUAAGGUGCGAGCUAAGGCAAAGUCUCGUUCUUCGCGGGCUGGGCUGCAGUUCCCGGUGGGCCGUGUGCACCGCCUGCUCCGCAAAGGCAAUUACGCUGAGCGGGUGGGUGCCGGAGCCCCGGUCUAUAUGGCCGCGGUGCUGGAGUAUCUGACCGCUGAAAUUCUGGAGCUAGCUGGCAACGCUGCUCGCGAUAACAAGAAAACCAGGAUCAUCCCCCGUCACCUGCAGCUCGCCAUCCGUAACGACGAGGAGCUCAACAAACUGCUUGGGAAAGUCACGAUCGCUCAAGGGGGUGUUUUGCCUAAUAUCCAGGCUGUGCUGUUGCCCAAGAAAACCGAAAGUCAUAAAGCCAAAAGCAAAUGAAACUGACCAAGAAAGGUGAACACUUCAACUUCAGUACUAACCAAAGGCUCUUUUCAGAGCCACCUACUGUCUCAUGAAAAGAGUUGCAUGUCCUCAAACAGAAGGAGCAGCCCUGUUUGUUAAAUAGAAAACUCCCCAUUUAGUAUGGGUCGU